AUGGCCGACUCGCGCGGAUCGUCGUCGGGCUUCCAUUGGGGAAAGCCCCCUCCGGCACCCGGUCAACAACACCAGCAAACAGGCAUCUCGCCAUCUGCGUCGGUCCACAACGGCGGCGGCGGCGGCGGCGGUGACCCAUCUCCCGGCGGGCCCAGGCGUAGCUUUCUCGCCCGCGAGUCAUCGACACCGCCCGACAGCGAGCCGCCGUUCAAGAAGCGCCGAGACAGCUCGAUGCAGCCCAUGAUGGACGACCGGGAUCGGUCCAGUCCUACGGCCAUUACGUGCCAGCCGUGUCGAGCGAGGAAGAUCAAAUGCGACAGCAAUAAGCCGACAUGUAACAACUGUGCCAAGAAUCCCGCCGACUGCUUCUAUCCUGUGAAACUCAAGCCAGGCCUGCGACCCGGCACUGGAUCGGAUCUGCAGCGCCGGAUCGACCUCUUGGAAGAACGUGUGCAGGCGUACGAGUCGCAGAUCAUGGAUCACGAGGCGCGUCUCCUGCAGCUCAACCAGUGGCAGCAGAACACGCCCGCACCCAUGCUUCCGCUCUCCACACCCAUCAGCAACAUGGCACCCCCGGGACCGGGUACGUUCCCGGCCAUUGGCAGCGGCGGCGACCCAGGAUCAAUGGGAAUGAGCUUCAGCCCCGCCGACCUGCCCGGUUCCGGCGGGACGCUCGACUUGGGCUCGUUCAACACCAACCAGAGUCCCGGCGCUGGAUCCGUCACCUCGUUUCUCGACCCGCAGCUCCUGCCCCCGGACGACAUUGUGCGCGACCUCAUCUCGCUGUUCUUUACGCACAUCCAGCCAUGGGCGCCGAUAAUUGCGCCGCAGACAUUCAAUGCCCCCUGGAACAUUAUCGUGUACGCCAUUGUGGUGGUGACGCUGCGACUGAGCAACGACCCGCGCAUCGCGAGCACAAAGCAGCAGAUCCGGCAGGCGGCCAAGUCGCACGUCCUGAGCCACGCGAUUGAGAGCACGAGCAUCUCGAGUGUACAGGCGCUUGCGUUGCUGGCCCUCGACUUGAUCGGGUCUGAGCAGGGCCCGUCGAGCUGGGGUAUCCUGGCCCUCCUCACGCGCUCGGCGGUGCACCUGGGCCUCAUCCAGGAGGACGAGCACAACACCGGCGGGUCCAUGUCUGGCCGGCCACCGGCGCCGAGCUUGAGCCGGACAAGCAUCAUCCCCGCCCCCGGAAACUGGCACGAGGACGAGAGCCGGCGACGACUGUUCUGGCUCAUCUUUUGUUUGGACCGGUACGCGUGCGUCUCGACCGGGUGGGACUUUGCGCUGCCCGAUUUCGAGAUCAAGCGGCGGCUGCCGUGCUCGGACGAGCUGUGGGCCCAGAGCGAGUGGUUUACGACCCCGCUCUUUCGCCCCGUGCUGCACCGCGACGCCGUGCCGGACCGCACCAUCCUCAGCCCCAUGGCGUACCUCGUCGAAGCGCUCGACCUGCUGGGCCGCAGCCACACGUUGCAGUCGCGCACGGUCGAGGCCAACGACUCGCGCGAGGUCGAGCACCGCAAGGACAUGACCAUGACACUGACGUCGGCCGCGAAAAGGUGGUUCAACGACCUGCCACUGCGCAACAUGGAGCCGUCGUCCAUGACCCUCGUCAUCCAGGCCAUCUACCACGCGACGCUGCUCAAGCUCAACGCAUACUAUGCGUUUCCCGCGCUGUCGAACGGCGUCCCCGUCGAGCCGUACGGGUCGACGUGCGUCACCUCGGCCCGCGCCGUCGUGCAGCUCUGCAACCAGGCCGCCGAGAUUGGGUUCAAGCAGGCCUCGAGCCCGCUGUUCAUCUGGUCCACGUGGGUCGCCGCCAGAGUACUGUUCGUCAAUGCCUUCCUCGCACACGCCGACAAGCCCGACGACGACUUUGACACCAUCGUAAAGUCGCUCAAGGAACAGGCGCCGUACUGGAGUCUUGCCAACCAAUACGUCAAACUGCUCGAACGCGCCAAACGCAAGUGGCUCAACGGCACAAUGUACGACGCAGACGCCAACCCGUCCCUGCCGGACGCGAUCCACGUCCUCCUCGACCUCCGGCGCACGGCCUACUCGGCCGUCGGGGUCAAUGGCCAGUCGACGCCGUAUGUGUCCCCGCCCGACGUCAAUCUCUCCCACCUGCCCGCGUGGGCCAUCCAGCCCCUCCUGGGCGACCUGCACGACUGGUUUGAUUUGCCCGCGGGCCUGUUUGCCGAUGGCCAGUAG